UUCCUGCUUCCUGUUGCGUCACGAUCACUUCCUGUUGAGGCUCGUCUCCAUAAAAGGUGAAACUCCUGCGCCACAGACCGAUAUAACUCCACAAGUGCACAACUCCGGCUCCUGUUUACCCACCCACUGCGGCUCCCGGCUCCCGGCUCCCGGCUCCUGGUCCCGGCUCGGUUCUUGGCUCGGUUCGGUCCAGUUUUAGCCCUGACUCGACUCCAGAACUCGGUGUUUUUGCUUCUUCUGCUGCUGCUCGUGUCUGUCUGGUGGGUUUAUGGCUGUGCUCCUCAGAAGGACUCUGCUCUCAGUCUUCCAUCGUGCCGUUGGGCAAGGCGCUGUCCCUGUGACUCCCUCUGCUGUUUUCUCUGGAGCUCGCCGCACGAAGAAGACAUGGCCUGUGACGUUCACCAAAGAAGAGCUGAAGGAGCGUCUCACCCCCAUGCAGUACCACGUCACCCAGGAGAGGGGCACGGAGAGUGCGUUCACGGGGGAGCUGACGUUUAACAAAGACGAGGGCACGUACAGCUGCGUGGUGUGUGGAGCGCCGCUCUUCAGCUCCAAAACCAAAUUCGACUCCGGCUCAGGUUGGCCGUCGUUCUACGACCUCCUCAAAAAAGACUCCAUCGACCUGACGGACGACUUCACCUACGGCAUGCACCGCGUGGAGACCAACUGUGCACAGUGCGGAGCUCAUCUGGGACACGUGUUUGACGACGGACCCAAACCCACACGAAAACGCUACUGCAUCAACUCUGCCUCUCUGGCCUUCAACCCCCAGACCCAGACCCAACCGGAACCCAACCAGGACUCCGAGAACCCCAAGACCCAACCGAACCCCAGGACUCCGGGAACCCCAAGACCCAACCGGAACCCAACCAGGACUCCGAGAACCCCAAGACCCAACCGGAACCCAACCCAGGUUCGGAGUCUGCGCCCGUGAGCCCGGGGCCGAGCGGGUGUGCGCCGCUCGGAGGUGGAUCGGGACGAGAGAAGAACGAGCUCUGAGACGUGACCGAGACUUUGACUUAGACCAAGUUCCUGGGUUUGUUUGAGGCAUUCCUGACGGGUUUGAAGAGAUUUCCUCGUGUGAAGAUGACGGACGUUCCACCAGCCUGAAGUUUGGACAGUUUCUCCUUUUUGUAAAGUGGAACUAAACACUAAACCGUCUCUUUGUUCACUACUAAACCGUGUGUCUGGAGUUUGAAGAGCAUCAUCCACUGUAUGUUUUUUUUCAGAUUUUAAGGCGAAAAACUCAGUCAUGUUGAAUUUUCUCGUCUGUUUUCUUACAUAAGGUGCAUUAAGCGAAAUAAAACACUCAUAAGUCAAA